AGAUUUUUUUUUUUCUUGGGAAUUUUCUCAAGUUUUAAUUUCAUUUCCAUUAAACAAACAGAGACUUACAUAUUAUUCAAGGCUAAAAUCCCAUUUCCUUCUAGAAAUCUCAUGUGCCAAACGAGUAAUUCAGUUUAUGUAGGGACUCAUGGGGGCCAUUAAGGCGAGGGUAUCACCCUUCCCUUAACACCUCAUGUCCUCAUCCACCACAAACUUCUUGGCAUACAAACAUAGAAACUCACAUAUCCAUCCAAAUUCCCCAAUUCAAACCCUAAAAAAUUAUAUACUUUUUUCAAAAAAGAAAAACAAUGUCACAAAUCUACAGCAAUUUGGGAAUGGCGCUAAAAGCUCCACCACUACCAUCAUCACCACCAUCUUCAACCCAUCAAUUCCGCACCAGUUGCUUCUCUCUCUUCUUCCACUCUUCUCCACGACCCGAUUCCACCCAUCGCUCUUUUAUCCCUAAAGCUUCUUCCCAACCCGACCCAGAACCAGAAUCCGACUCAUUUGAUGACCGUCUAUCCCAAGUACGGCUCCGGUACAGAUCCGGAACCGGGAAAAAAGCUGAAAUCCGAAAGAUAAAGAAAGGAAAGCAAACAGAGGGGUCAGGUUCAUCCGGAAGUGGGGUAUUCUUACCUCCAGUUCCACUAAAAGAAGCGGUAUCGGGUGGGUUGAAGGUGGAUUUCGGAUUCAGCCCGUAUUCAGAACGGGUAAAUGGGAGACUUGCGGGUCUAGGGUUAGUGGGGUUAUUGGCAGUGGAAUUGGCGACGGGAAAAAGCGUGAUAAAUUAUCAUACACCAGCAAUAGUAUUUAUACAGGUAUAUUUUAUGGCAGCUGUAAGUGCUUUGUAUUUGAAGCGUGAGAAAGAGAAAAUCAGUGUUUGGCCUGAGACUAAACAAUGAAACUAAACAGCUUUAUUGUAAUUCUUCAAUUACAGAGUUUUUUGUGUUAAUAUCAGAUUGUCUGCUUAAGCUUAAUCUUGGUUGUAUUGGAAAUGGUUUUGUAUUUUUCUUUAUGAAGUUAAUAUUAAUUUAUUAAUAAAAUACUUAGGUUAGAUUAGCUAAGAAUUUGUUUUGCCAUACAAUGCCUUUUUUAAUUGGCGUUUAUAAAAGUAAUUAUUGUAUUUUUUUUUUGGCCACUUAAGAAAACUCUAAUUGCCGGUUUGGUAAA